GAUGGACUGUCCUAUUAAGCUUAGCUAAUUAAAAUCAAGCACAGAAUAAAAAGAAAUCUUUGAUAAAUUAUUCAAAGUGCCUACUUAACAUGUUUAAAGAUCUUAAUAAAAACAUUAAUCUAAAUCUGAUUUAAUAAAUGAAUUGCGCCAAGAGAAUGAUGACUUAAAAAAUACUAUUAUUGAAUUAAAGGAUAGAAUCUAAGAAUUAGAAUCACUCUUAAAAGGACCACAAACCCUAUAAACAGAGGAAGAAAAUCAAGAAAUUAUUUCAGUUGAAAUACCAUAAUAAGAAUUAAAAGAAGAAAUGAGUGAAGAAGAGAAAUCUCUUCAUUUUGCCUUAAUGCUUUAAUAACAAGAAGAAAUGGAAUUUUAAAAUCGAUUAAUUUAGUAAAAUAUACAUUUAUAUUUUAUAGAAUGUAAAAUAAUGUUGACUUAGAUGAAAUGAGUUAUGAGUAAUUAUAAGAACUAUAAGAGAAAAUGGGUUUUGUUAGUAGAGGGUUAGUAGAACAUUAAAUCUAAGUGCUUCUUAAGUAAUGCACAAUUAAAAAUUAAACAAAUGAUUGGUAUGAUCAUAAUAGUCUAAUAUUGUAGUUGCACAAUAUGUUUAGAAGAUAGUGGAAGUCCUGUAGAAAUUUAAUUAGAAUGUGGACAUGUGUUUCAUAAGGAAUGUAUUUCAGAAUGGUUAUCAAGAGAAAAACAUUGUCCAGUUUGCAAGAGAGAUAUUGAAUUCGGAAAACUUAAGUGAAGU